AUGGACGCAAGAAUAGCUGACAAGGCUGGUAAUAAGACUUGUGUGGUUUGUGAAGGUAAAAAUCCUACUUGGGGUUGCUUUCCUUUUGGUGUUCUCUGUUGCACUCAAUGUUCUGGGGCUUUUAGAGAGCUUGGUACGUCUGUAUGCUCAGUUAGAUCUCUAUUACUUGAUGCAGUUUCGGAAGAAUAUCUAGUUCCUUUUCGCCAAGCUAGUAAUGCGACUUUUUUAGAGUGGUACUUAGCUAAAACAACUGAUCCCUUAACGCCUGAGUAUUUUAAGAGUGCUGAAGCCCAGCAGUACGUGCAGUUAUUAAAGUCGGGUCAACUGCCACUUAAAAGGCACCAACCGACUCGAUCUAAGCCAGUAGUUGUACUUCCGCCUACAAGUAGAGGACCUAAGAGUAAGUUACAAUUAGUUGCUGAUUCAGAUUCAGAAUCUCAAUCGGCUUCUAAUGACUCAGAAGAUUCAACUGAGUUUAAAGAGGUUAAAACAUCUUCCAGGUCUUCUAAAGCCUUAAAACCUAUUGAAACAGAAGCACCUCAACCUAAAAAGGCCGUUAGAAGAGUACCAGGUACUAUUUCUGUUGGUUCAGAAGGAAGUAUGCGUCUAGGUAUGUUUAAGAACAUUCAAAAGGAAGGAGAGAAAUCACCGUACAGUCCCAAUAGUCUAGGAGGUGCUAUGAAAAGCAGUAGUUACACCGAGUCAACUCCAAAAGCAGAGAUUGUUCGAGGGGUCAAUUAUAUCGGUAGUGCAGAUAUUCCCCAAGAUACAAUCACUGAUAAGCUUAAAAAGCAGUUUGAGAAAAGUAAGAAGACACUUCUUAACACUCUUAAGAAGAACCCUAAACCCUAG